AUCCGAGCAGCAGAGAGCUUCACUCGACCCUGCAGCCUGCACCGCGGCGGCCGCUCGCAGCGCGUGCGUCAGACUACUUCACACUUCCCUCAGCGCGUGUAUCCAGACACAUCUCGCCCUGCCUCAGUCACCCUGCUUCUCUCGGAGAGGGCACGUGAGCAGUCUCCCUCGUUUCUCCACUGAUCUCCAGGCAUCGCGCGGCGUCUCAGCUCUGCGGGAGGUUGUGACUCGGACCCACGGGGUCAGCGCGUGUUGUGUUAUGUUCGGACUCUAAAGUUCGGGUCCCGAGGAGGGUUUUGCGUGACGCAGUGCGCAUGUCCAGCCGUUUGGAGGCUCCAUAAAGUUACCGCUGCAGCAUGGACUAAGGAGCCUGUCGCUUCGGGAGCGUGUGGACACUCUGACCCCCUGAGAGAGGUGUUCGAGAGGGACUACCAUGGAGGAGGAGGACGUGCACGUAGAGAACGGCUUCCACGCCAGCAGCAAGGAGUCGGACCGGCAGCAGCGGCUCCGGCUGUGCGUUUUAAACGAGAUUCUCAACACGGAGCGGGCUUACGUGAGGACCUUACUGUUCCUCCAGUCGGUGAGUAGACUGGCAUCUCAAGGAACUGCAGAGGAACCGGUCUCUCCCGCUCCGAGCGGCUUUCGAUGCACCGUGUCGGUGUCCCCGCCGUCGAUGUCGUUCGCCACGUUUUUGGCCGUUGUGUGUGCGUGUCGCGGUUGCUUUUUCCGUCUGGCAUCUUUUAAGGGAAGCUUCCUGCGUUUGUUUCCCCAGCACUGUAUGCUCCUGGGCGGGAAGAAAAGCACAGACAUCCCCCUGGAGGGGUACCUGCUCAACCCCAUCCAGAGGAUCUGCAAGUACCCCCUGCUCCUUAAGGAGCUCCUGAAGAGGACCCCCAAGAAGCACGUGGACUACCCGGCGGUGGAGGAGGCCCUGCAGACCAUGAAGGCGGUGUGCUCCAACAUCAACGAGACCAAGAGGCAGAUGGAGAAGCUGGAGGCCUUGGAGCAGCUGCAGUCCCACAUAGAGGGCUGGGAGGGGACCAACCUGACGGACAUCUCCACGGAGCUGCUUCUCCACGGCAACCUGCUGAAGAUCUCCGCCGGAAACAUCCAGGAGCGAGUCUUCUUCCUGUUCGACAACCUGCUGGUCUACUGCAAGAGGAAGUCCAGAGUCUCCGGGAAGAAGUCCACCAAGAGGACCAAGUCCCUCAGUGGGCCCCUGUACGUGUUCAGGGGCCGCAUCAACACAGAGGUGAUGGAGGUGGAGAACGUGGAGGACGGGACAGCGGACUACCACAGCAACAACUACACGGUGACCAACGGCUGGAAGAUCCACAACACGGCCAAGAACAAGUGGUUCGUGUGCAUGGCCAAGAACACAGAGGACAAGCAGAAGUGGCUGGACGCCAUCUUGAGAGAGCGGGAGCAGAGGGAGAGUCUGAAGCUGGGCAUGGAGAGGGAUGCGUACGUGAUGAUCGCGGAGAAGGGCGAGAAGCUCUACCACAUGAUGAUGAGCAAGAGCCGUCACUUGAUCAAGGACCGCCGCCGGAAGCUCAGCAUCGUGCCCAAGUGCUUCAUGGGAAAUGAGUUUGUGUCGUGGCUGCUGGAGAGCGGAGAGAUCAGUAAACCUGACGAGGGAGUGAACCUGGGCCAGGCGCUGCUGGAGAAUGGCAUCAUCCACCACGGUACUGCUCCUCUCUCCUCUCCUUCUUUCCUUUCCUCCUCUCCUCUCCUUUCUCGCCUCCUCUGCUUCUUUCCUCCUCUCCUCUCCUCCUCUCCACUCCUUCUCUCCUCUCCUUUUCUCCUCCUCCUCCUUUCCUCCUCUCCUUUCUCGCCUCCUCUGCUUCUUUCCGUCCUUCUCUCCUUCUCUCCCUCGCUCUUUCUGUUCUUUGUUCUCAGUUCUCCUGAACGAGAAAGGAGAACCGAGAACAAAGAAGGAAUUCUUUGUUCUCUGUUCUCCUUUCUCAUUCUCCUUCACCUUCUCUUGGUGAACUCUGUUUACUUAUUCAUUACUUUUCUCUUUCUUUCCUUCUUUCCGUCUUUGACUUUCAUUUGCGUUUUCUUUUUUCCGUUCUUCCGUUCGUUCUUUCGUUCCUCCUCUCUUUCUCUCUUUUCUUUCUCUCUCUCUUUCUUCCUUCAUCCUUUGCUCACUUUCUCUCCCUCACUCUUUAUUCAAACGUCCUCUCUUUUUCUUCCUGUCUUUCCCCCCACUUUCUUUCUUUGUUCUUUCCCUCUUUCGGUUGUUCUUCUGUGGUUUCAAAAUCGAAACCUUCUUUCGCUCAUCUGCACGGAAACACACGUGCAAGCCUCAACCCAUGCAACAAAACAAACACCUCUUCUGAGUCUGAGUCCGACCACAGAGACAACAAGCACCUCGCAGGAAACGGGCUGCGAGGGGAAACUGCUGACUUCCUGUCACUGCUAUUGUGCAAAAAGACAAAUGCAACUAACAGGCCCCCGCCCCUCUGCCCGCUCCCCCCACAGAGACCGGGACCACCAUCUCAAGACCUUCAGGUCUGUGGUGCCGGCGUACAAGCUGGUGGACUGGCUGCUCUCCCAGGGCGACUGCUCGACCCGGGAGGACGCGGUGAUGUUGGGGGUGGGACUCUGCAACAAUGGCUUCAUGCACCACGUUCUGGAGAAGAGCGAGUUCAAGGACGAGUCGCAGUUCUUCCGUUUCUAUGCCGACGAGGAGGCGGAGGGCACGGGGACCAAGAGCAAGCAGCUGCAGAGGAACGACUUCAAGCUCAUGGAGAACAUCCUGGCCAAGUCCCUGGUGAUCCACCCGGAAGAGGAGGACUACGGCUUUGAGAUCGAAGAGAAGAGCAAAUCCAUCGUGGUGAAGUCUGUCACCAAGGGCUCACACGCAGAGAUGGCGGGUCUCCAGGUGGGGAGGAAGAUCUUCACCAUCAACGAGGACCUGCUGCUGCUGCGUCCGUUCCCCGAGGUGGAGACCAUGGUCAACGCCUCCUUCUGCAUCCGCAGGUCCCUCCGCCUGCUGGUCGCCACCAAGGCCAAGGAGAUCCUGAAGAUCCCGGACCACCCGGAGACGCUGGCCUUCAGACUCUCUGGCUCCUCCCCCACUCACGUCCACGCCGUACGCAAAGGCUCCGAGGCGGCGGGGGCGGGGCUCCAGCCAGGUCAGGUGAUCCAGGUCAACGGGAGCAGCGUCAAUCACAGCGACCACCAGGAAGUCCUGGAUCACUUCAGCGCCCAGCACGCACAGCAGGAGACCCCCACACAGUGCCAGUGGGUGUACCGUGCGUUUGAGGACGUGGAGCCUCAGGGAGUGGAGGGUGAUGAAGAGGAAGAGGGAGGUGUCUUCAGGCCGCUGCUGAACGGCUCCAGCGGAGAGGAGAACGCCGGAACCAACGGGACAGGUGACGCGACUCACAACAACUCACUGACAGCCCCCCCCCCCACGGUGAGCCUCACCGUGGACAACGUGCCUGAGCAGGGCGUGGUCUACGAGUACGUCAGCACCGCCGGCAUCAAGAGCCACGUGCUGGAGAAGAUGGUGGAGCCCAAGGGCUGCUUCAGCCUGACCGCCAAGAUCCUGGAGGCGUUCGGCCGCGACGACGCCCGCUUCGUGCGCAACUGCAGCGCGCUCAUCUCCCAGAGCGAGCGCGUGGUCACCAUGUCGCAGUACGAGUUCCGGCAGAUCUGCGACACCAAGCUGGAGAGCCUGCAGCGCCGCAUCAUCAACUACCAGCAGUUUGCUGAGGAGCUGAGGAACAAGGCGUGGCCCUCGGUGAAGCCUGCGAGCGUGCACGUGGCGGGCGUGCCGGGCCACCCGCUGGGCUGCAUGGACUUCGUGCCGACCAACCUGCACGUGAACCUGAUGCAGGUGAGCUACGCCAAGAGCGCCGCCACCAGCACGGGCCGCGCCUUCAGCAUCCGCUUCGGACGCAAGAACUCCUUCUACGGCCUGGACCCCGACCAAGCCAACCUGAACCCGAUGUCCCACACCCAGCACUGCGUCACCAGCAUGGGGGCGCCGGCCUGGAACUGCACCGCCCCGGAGGGGGAGGAGCCGGAGCCCGAGGGGGUGGGGCCUGUGGAUGGGGAGGAGGGGCCCGGGGAGGGGAGGCGGGGCCUCCAGGGGGAGGGCGGGCUCAGCUUCCUCCUGAAGCAGGAGGACGUGGAGACGCAGGACGCGUACGUCCGUCUGUACAGCCGGCUGGACGCGGCGGUGCGGGAGAUGAGGCAGUACGUCGCCCAGAUCGACGUCCUGCUGUCCUCCAUCACGGAGCCCACCCAACCCCUGGGGGGCGAGGAGGGGGGCGGCGGGGGUCCGGUGAUCUGCGAGCCCUGCCCCGCCCCCCCGUUGUCUCCCUGCUGCGAGGAGGGCGUGGACCCGGACCGUACGGAGCACGGCGGCAUCAAGAGGGUCUGCUUCAAGGUGGAGGAGGAGGAGCAGGAGGACUCCGGCCACGACACCAUGAGCUACCGGGACUCCUACAGCGAGUGCAACAGCAACCGGGACUCCGUGCUGUCCUACACCAGCGUGCGCAGCAACAGCUCCUACCUGGGCAGCGACGAGAUGGGGUCGGGAGACGAGCUGCCCUGGGACAUGAGGAUCCCCUCAGACAAACAGGACAAGCUCCACGGCUGCCUGGAGCACCUCUUUAACCAGGUGGACUCCAUCAACAGCCUGCUCAAAGGACCGGUUAUGACCAAGGCCUGUGAAGAAACCAAGCACUUCCACCCUGACCACAGCCAGCCAGAGUUCCGGCACACGGAGGACUGGACGGUGCGUUGUCGCUGCGUGAUCCACAAGAACAUCCAGGAGGACCCGUGGAACCUGCCCAGCUCCAUCCGGACGCUGGUGGACAGCCUGCAGCGCUUCGUGGAAGACGGGAAGAACCAGCUGCUCCUGGCUCUCCUCAAGUGUACAGACACCUCCCUCCAGCUGAGGAGGGAUGUGAUCUUCUGCCAGGCCGCGGGUGCGGCGGUGCUAACGCUAGCUGAGCAGCUCCUCGCGGCGCUGCGCGCGCGCUACAACAACGCCGGGGAGUACCAGGAGGACAGCAAGGAGACCAGCCGGAAGUGGCUGGAGCAGGUGUCCGCCAUCGGGGUGCUGCUGCACUUCCAGAGCUCGCUGGCGCCCCACCUGAAGGAGGAGCGUACCAUGCUGGAGGACACUAAGGCCGCUCUGUUGGACCUGGACAAGCUCACCGUGUUCUUCAAGCAGACCCAAAACGAGUAUCUGGUGCCCAACACGCCCGUGUCCUACCAGGUGGACGGCGGUCGUCAGGCGCUGCGCGUCACCCUGCUGCUGGACAGCUGUCACUUCAGCGAGCUGCCCAGCCGUCUGCAGAACGGAGGCAGCCUCAAGCUGCACACCGUGCUGUUCACCCGCGCCCUGGAGCGUCCAGAGGGCUCGUCCCAGCAGGACUUUGUUGCCAUGGAGGAGUUCCAGCAGAGGACCAACGCGGUGUCCCUGGAGAGGGUCAAAGCCUACUACCGCAAACUCAGGGCUUUCUACCUGGAGAAGUCAAACCUGCAGACCGACUCCAACACCACCGCCAUGAAAAUCGACCAGAUACUGGGCCUGGAGGUCAGAGACCACCAGCCGAGCAUUUCCAAACUCCUGCGACCCCUGAACACGCUGGACGACCUGUGCCGCCUGAUGCAGUCCUACGUCAACGUGCGGCCCAGCGCGGGAGGCCACCCGUCGGGGGUCAGCGUGCUGAGCGUCUCCUCGGAGCUCUGCAACCGCCUGGGGGCGUGCCACGUCACCAUGUGCGCCACGGGCAUGCAGAGGUGCACCCUGAGCGUGACCCUGGAGCAGGCCAUGAUCCUGGCCCGCAACCACGGCCUCAUCCCCCGCUGCAUCAUGCAGACCAUGGACAUCAUGCGUAAACAGGGGACUCGGGUUGAGCUGUUUGCUAAAAACCUGAAGGUGAUGGACCAGAUGCCACCGUCAGCACCCAGGCUCUUCAGGUUGUGUUUGCCUCCGUCGGACGGAGAUCUCUAGGGACACAACAACAGCACAUCUACUCUGGACCUCUCACAACAAACAGGGAAGACCUCGAAGGACUCCAGCGGUUGAGGUCCUGAACGAAUGUGGAGAAGAGGAAGAGGAGGAGCCAAGGGGAGGAGGAGCCAGAGGGAGGAGCCAAGAGGAGGAGAUAGGGGAGGAGCCCAAGGGGGAGGAGCCAAGGGGAGGAGCUAGGGACAGAGUUUAUACCUCUGUGUUUCUGACCGGGAGACCGUGACGUUGACGACUAAAAACAAAUCCUUGUACUGGACGGUCCUCUGACCAUCCCAGGGACCAUUCCACCGUAGAAGAGGGAGAGCCUUUGUUGGGGUUAUCGAUUAACCCUCAGAACCAUCAGAACAGACACAGAGCUGGAGUGGAGCUUCACCACCUGCGUGUGUGAACACCUGUUGACACUGAAGAUCUCCACUUGAAAAAAACUCUUCUGUACCAGGGAUUUUUAUUGUAACAAAAAAAAGAAAAAACAGCUUGAAAAUAUGUCGAAGUCUUACAGGGGGGGGAAAGGAGGUCUUCGAGAAACGCAUCAAACAAUAAUAUGCUCGCAGCUGUCCAGGGCUGGCAUUACUGGAUUAACCAAACUACCUGCAUCCUCCACUCAUACCCCUAACACACGCUCACCGCAUGCUUACCGGCCCGCUGACUGCAAGGCACGGGGCGGUCACUUUCACUGUCUUGGGGGAGGAGGAGGGAGGGGGGGAGUGAGGGAGGGAGGGAGGGAGGGAGGGAGGGGAUGGUAUAUGAAGGGGUGAGGUUACGGGGGUGGAUGGCCAAGGGAGAGACGGACCCCCCCCCCAACAGGGCUAGAGAUCUCUAACAGGGGGGAUAUCUCUCCCUGUAUGUGUCCGAUUGCGAGUUGGGGGGGGGGGGGAAAUCAAAGUGUUGGAGGUAAGCCGGAUGAAGGGGUGGAGGAGGAUCGCAGGACGGGGAAGGGGUCUGCCCCCCCCCCCCCCCAACGCAUGUGGUCUCUGUGCAAUUACUGUAGAGGUAGUGUGCGUACUGUAUCACCACACUCGAUGAAGGAUAGUCUAUUUAUUGUAGCGGCGAAAAAAGAAGCGUCUUUUUAACCUCUCACUUAUAUCAGGUAUUAAAGAACUUAAAAAGCAUUCCAGCCUACGCCAUAAACAGUAUUUAAUGGACCAAUGGCAUGCCAUUCGUUUAUUUUAUUUUAUUUAGACUCGGCUACCUGUGUAUUUUUUUUUUUACUUUGUAUCGAUCACGGCGUUGAUUGAUUAUAGGAGAGCGGGUGCGAGCUGAGGUUUCAGGGAGCGCGAGGGAGGGCGUCCACGACGCACCAAUCAGGGGACAGAGAAAACCACGGCAGAGCUUGCAGCAGAGUUGUUUAUUUUUUCGUUGGCGUGUGCGGCCAAGUCUGAGUUACUGAAUCAUGUGUUUUAAAUUAUUAAUAUAUUGGUUUAUAGCGCUAGUACUGGUGUUUAUAGUGCGGACGUGGAGGACCGCGUCGGAGCUUUUCGUCUUCUUGCGUGACUCACAACAACAAGCUGUCUCGGAUCAGGAGCCGGUGGAAAAAAAGCACAAUUCAUCCAGCGAGUUCACAGCGCUGCCGGUGGGGGUGGAAAAAACAAAAAGACGGCCGGUGGCAGAGGCAGAAGGGACCAGUGACGACCGAGGGCAUAGACAUGUUAUUUUAAUAUGACAGAUUUAAAUUUUAUUGCCAGUGUAUAUACAAACUGUGUAACCACGACGGACAGAGUAGUAAAAUACAAAUAAGCCCAACUUAUGUCUUAAUGAGUAACGCUGUGAGCUAUACUGAAUACGUUUUAUUGGAGGGAUUAUUACAUAACUUAGAGGAUGUUUAAAACCUUCUGCUUUUUAUGAAAAAAAAUUAAAACACAGACUAGCGAGAGAAGAGUGCAGCUAUGGGGGUUUCUCUGCCUCCAUUUUGUGCUGGGAUUCCGCUGUCCCACUUCCCGCCAUUUUAUUUAUUUAUUGAAGCUCUGGAAUGCUAACAUUUAAAGUGUCUAACCCCCACGUGCUACUGCAGCCGCUAUAGACGCGUGACCUUAAACUCAACUUUUGCAUAUGAAAAACUGCCUAGUAUGUCUAUAAAACGACGGGGCCGUAGCGUCUUACAUUAGCUAAAUGCUCUUAAAAAGCGUCACUCUGAAGGGAAAAUGCAUCGGUCUUAAUCAUUUCUCGAGUAACAUUUUAAACGUGAUGUUUGCCUCCUGCAGAAUGAACAUGUCACUGACUAUACUCAUGUAUUGACCAUGUUUUAAUGUUGCCCAAAUGUACAUACUUUAUUUUACCAUUUUAUUUUGCCUGACAAUAACUGUACAAAAGAUUUUCUUCCCUCGCCUUUCUAAAAGUAUAAUUGUAAAUGGAAUCUUAACAAGCUAGUAAAUAAAAUGUUCUCAGUUCGAUAAUGCUA